AUGGGGGAGUGGGCGUUCCUGGGCUCGCUGCUGGACGCCGUGCAGCUGCAGUCGCCGCUCGUGGGCCGCCUCUGGCUGGUGGUCAUGCUGAUCUUCCGCAUCCUGGUGCUGGCCACGGUGGGCGGCGCCGUGUUCGAGGACGAGCAGGAGGAGUUCGUGUGCAACACGCUGCAGCCCGGCUGUCGCCAGACCUGCUACGACCGCGCCUUUCCCGUGUCGCACUACCGCUUCUGGCUCUUCCACAUCCUGCUGCUCUCGGCGCCCCCGGUGCUGUUCGUCAUCUACUCGGUGCACCAGGCCGGCAAGGAGGCGGGCGGCGCGGAGGCGGCGGCGGCGGCGGCGGCGGCGCCGUGUGCGCGCGCGCGGCCCGAGAGCCGGUGCGCGCCGUGCGCCCUGCGUGCCCGCCGCGCGCGCCGCUGCUACCUGCUGAGCGUGGCGCUGCGCCUGCUGGCCGAGCUCGCCUUCCUGGGCGGCCAGGCGCGGCUCUACGGCUUCCGCGUGGCCCCGCACUUCGCGUGCGCCGGCCCGCCCUGCCCGCACACCGUCGACUGCUUCGUGAGCCGGCCCACCGAGAAGACCGUCUUCGUGCUCUUCUACUUCGCCGUGGGGCUGCUCUCGGCGCUGCUCAGCGUGGCCGAGCUGGGCCACCUGCUCUGGAAGGGCCGCCCGCGCGCCGGGGAGCGCGACAACCGCUGCAACCGCGCGCACGAGGAGGCCCAGAAGCUGCUCCCGCCGCCGCCGCCCGCCCAGGUCGCCCGGCGCCCGGGGCCCGACCCCUACGCCCCGCCCGCCUACGCGCACCGGGCGCCGGCCGGCGACAGCGAGGGCGGCAGCGGCCGCAGCAAGGCGUCGGUGGCCACUGUCCGCCAGGACCUGGCCAUCUAGCGGCGGGCGGACGGUGAGGUCAGAAGCCGGGCUCCACCACCUCGGCCCUCGCCGCUGAAGCAAGAAGUGGCUUCCGCAAGAACUGUCGCAGGGCCCUGCUGGGGCCGGGGACACGCAGUGGG